CUAUUCACAUCGACACCACCAAAGAUGCCCCUUUCCUAACUUCAUACGGAGGCGGUGAUGAACAGAUCAAUCAAACCUCUGAUUUUUUAGAUCUGUAACGGAGACUAAUGCUACUCAGCAUCUUCGAUCCUCAACUAAUGGCUAUCAAUGAUCCCGAACACAGAGAGGAGGAGGAAGCGGCUGCUGCUGACGACGAAGACACCGCCGCCUUCGAUUUUCACCCUAACAGACGCUCUCAGGUCUCAGCAUCUUCGAUCCUCAACUAUAAUGGCUAUCAAUGAUCCCGAACACAGAGAGGAGGAAGCCGCUGCUGACGACGAAGACACGGGGGCUCAGGUUGCUCCGAUCGUCAGGCUUGAAGCAAUCGAGGUCAUUAACGGUGAAGAAAACGAGGAUGCAAUACUUGAUCUGAGUUAA